AUAAUCAUCAGUUAGUUUUUGAACUCAUAACAACACAGACCACAAUGUUGAAGCUGGUGGUGUUGUCUAUUGUCCUCGCCUCUGUGGCCGCUAGUGGUAUUGCACCUUUAUGGGGUGGGCACUUAGCUGCUCCAUGGGGCGGUCAUUUAGCUGCUCCCUGGGGUGCGGCCAUUGCUGCUCCUAUCGCUGCUCCAAUUGCUGCAGCUCCACUUGCUCCAGUCGGCGCAUACAACUACAGAGGCCCACUUUCUCUUGCUCCUGGACAACCCGCUAAUAUCUUGGCUCACGAUGGCAGACCACUGGAUACUCUUAGUGUUAACGUUGACCGUGCUAUUCAUUACACUGCUAAGGCACUCGACCAUGGCGGAGCUCAUCUGCUGAAAAAGAGAUCAGUCGUGGCUCCAUGGGCAGUUGCUGCUCCAGCUGCUGCCUGGUCACACUCUGCCCGCAUCGAUGUUCCUGCUGCUCGAGUAAUCGCACCUGCUCCCGUUGCCUUGGCUGCCGCUGCACAUGUUGCUCCUUGGGGUUUAGGACACGGCGCUCAUUUGGGACACCUUUGGUGAAAAGUACAAAGAAAAUAGGCUAUUCUUUAAAGACAUGAUAAUAAAAGAGAGUUAUUCACA